AUGCAAGCUACAGUAAACCAAACAACAUUAUACAUAACUAAUUUAUAGGACGGAGUAACCUAAGAAUACGUAUACAAAGAGUUCAAAAAGCACGGUUAAAUUAAAUCUUUAAAAUUUUUCCCUAAAACAAAAUCCGCUUAUGUUGAAUACUAAAUGGCCUAAGAUGCAUAAGAUGCCAAAAGACACUUAAACUACAUUCCUAUAUUAGAUAAAGAAAUAAACAUUUAAUUUUACUCAGAUCCCAGCCAAAGAAAAAACAUUAAAGUACACAACUUAUUUAUAAAAAAUGUACCUGAAGAAUUAGACUAGAAGCAUUUACAUUAAUUCUUGACAACUUUUGGUGAAGUAUUUUCUUUGUAACUGAAGAAAAAUGACGAAGGUAAAAAUCUUGGUUACGGUUAUGUAUAAUUCGAAAACGCAGAAGCUAGAGAUAGAGUAUUAGAAUAAUAAGAUAAAGACUUAGGAAAACUUAAAGUAGGAAAAUUUGAAAUUAUAUUAGAAAAAUUCAGCAAAUUUUAAUAAAGAGAACACCACAAUACUACUAUUCACUUAAGAUAAUUCUUUAGCACAGAAGUAUAAGAAUCAGAAGAAUAAAUAAAAAAAUAAGAAAUCGAAUCUAAUUUAUAAGCUUUGACCUCUUAACUCUUCCCUAACUCUAAGGCUUCUAUUUUCGUAUCAUAUAAUAGUGAAAAGAAGAAUUUCUGGGCUUAAAUUUCAUUUGAAGAUAGUACAGGAAAGGAAGAAUCUUCCAUACACUUAAAACUUGAGAAAUUAAAAGAAUAAUUAUUACCUUAAUACCCUACUUUAGAUAUUAUUGUCAAAUAAGAAAUCUAAUAAAAGGAACUUUCUGAAAAGAACUUAAUUUGUUUAGGCUUAAAGGAAAAUAUAAACGAAUAAGAUUUCUAAUAAUGGAUAAAAGACAAUAUUAAAGACGCUAAAUUAAUCAGAGUAUUAGUUUUCAAAAAAAGGACUCCCUAAAACGAAAACUAAAACAACGAAAAUAGCAAGAAAGUAUAUAAUGAAAAUACUCAAAUCGCUCAUGUGCACUUCUAAACUGAAUAAAAUGGUGUCGAUUUCUUGAAAUUCUGUGCUGAUAAGACAAAUAAAGUCAUUAUCGAUUAAAUCUUCGAAACUCCCAAAAUCACACUUUUAUUAGAUUAAUAAAGUAAAAAGGAAUUCGAAAAAACUAAAAAAGCCUAUGAAUAGGAUAAAAAAUAAUUAGAAGAAUCCAAAAAACAUAUUCCCGAUUAAAAAGUUUAAGUCGCAAACUAACCUAUGGGAAUAGCUUAGUUUAACAGCCCUCUUUUCUUCAUGAAUUAGUUAAAUUAAGCUAUGCAAAAGAAUUUACUUAUGUCAUAAUAAUAACCUUAGUAAUCAUUAAAUCCUAACUUCGGAAGACCUGGACCUAUUCCUGAUAAUAAACACGUUUAAAAACCUUAAGGUGUACCUUAAGCUAAAUAAAAUUAACCCGCAAGAUAAUAAUAAUAAUAGUAAUAACAAUAGGGUACUUUUAUAAAUAAAUUCGAAUUAUUCUUGUAGUAAUCUACAGGAAAUAAAUAAUAAUAAGUAGAAGAAUUGUCUGACUAUUUAUUAAAAAACAAAGAAGAAUUCGCCAAAAUUGAAGAUGAAUAAAAAAGAACUAUCCUCGGUUAAAUUAUCUUCCAUAAAAUCCAAAAAUUAAGCUUAAUUAAAGAAUAAGUAGGAAUUGUUCUCAAGAUUGAAAAUGCAAAUGAUGUAUAAUAAAGAAUAGAACUAUUCUAAAAAGAAAACUCUAAAAUUACUGGUAUGUUAAUAGAUAAGGAUGUGUUUGAAAUCAAAGAUAUGCUUGAAUUUGUUGAAUUUAACUAAGAGCUUAUUGAAAGAUGUGAUGAAGCUAUUUAAUUAAUUUAAAAUUCCUAAGAUCAGUAAACAGGUUAAUGAUUUUAUAUUGAUUUGCUUUUCUUUAUUUUUUAAAUAUAUUUUUUUUUAAAUAUGGAUUAAAAAA